GCCUCCUCCUCAUUCUCUCUUCCUUUCCACCUCCAUUUUCCCUCUCUCUCUCUCUCUCUAACCUCCUUUUUCUCUUUCACUCUCUCUCAACUUUCUGCUUUCCACCAUUUCUGAUUCUUCAGUUUCUGUCGCUGGUUGGCUAAAAAUUUGUUCAGUUUGUUCUUGGAACCCAUUUGGGGAAUUAGAUUUCGGGCGAGUUUUCGUUUUCUCAAGUGGGUAUCGUAUCGUCCAUGGCGGAAGCAAAACCAGAAGAGAUAAGCCAUCCUCCAAUGGACCAACUUCAAGGCUUGGAAUAUUGUAUUGAUUCCAACCCUUCCUGGGGGGAGGCCAUUGCGAUGGGCUUUCAGCACUAUAUCUUGGCAUUGGGGACUGCUGUGAUGAUCCCUACAUUUCUUGUUCCCUUGAUGGGUGGAACUGAUCAUGAUAAAGUGAGGGUAGUCCAGACUCUGCUUUUUGUGGAAGGAAUCAACACCCUCCUCCAAACACUAUUCGGAACCCGAUUGCCGACUGUCAUUGGAGGAUCAUGGGCAUUCAUGGUCCCCAUUAUUUCCAUUGUUCAUGAUCAGUCCUUGUCGCGCAUUCCGGACCCACAUAUUAGAUUUCUCAAUACGAUGAGGGCAAUACAAGGCGCUUUAAUAGUAGCAUCAAGUGUGCAAAUUAUUCUUGGUUACAGUCAACUGUGGGCUAUUUGUUCCAGGUUUUUCAGCCCUCUCGGAAUGGUUCCAGUAAUAUCAUUGGUGGGUUUCGGUCUGUUUGAUAGAGGCUUUCCGGUGGCUGGGCGUUGUGUGGAAAUAGGUGUCCCGAUGCUAAUCUUGUUUGUUGCCUUCUCCCAGUAUCUAAAACAUUUCCAAACAAGAGGGCUGCCUGUCUUGGAGCGGUUUGCACUUCUGAUAUCAAUUACAGUUAUGUGGGCAUAUGCACAUCUAUUGACGGCCAGUGGUGCGUACAAACAUCGACCAGAAUUAACCCAAAUCAAUUGCCGGACUGACAGAUCGAACCUCAUUUCUUCUGCACCAUGGAUAAAGAUCCCAUAUCCGUUACAAUGGGGUGCACCUACUUUUGAUGCCGGUCAUGCUUUCGGAAUGAUGGCAGCUGUAUUCGUCUCCAUGAUUGAGUCAACUGGCGCAUUUAAGGCAGCAUCUCGUCUGGCAAGCGCCACGCCGCCUCCUGCCCAUAUUCUUAGCCGUGGUAUCGGUUGGCAGGGAAUCGGGAUUCUACUGGAUGGACUUUUUGGGACAAUUACGGGAUCUACUGUUUCUGUAGAAAAUAUAGGCCUUCUUGGAACCACCCGAGUUGGAAGCCGCAGAGUUAUACAAAUCUCAGCCGGAUUUAUGAUCUUCUUCUCCAUGUUGGGGAAAUUUGGAGCUCUAUUUGCUUCCAUUCCAUUCACAAUCUUUGCUGCUGUUUACUGUGUGUUCUUCGGUCUUGUUGCCUCCGUGGGGCUGUCUUUCCUGCAAUUCACAAACAUGAACUCGAUGAGGAACCUAUUCAUCACUGGUGUUGCCAUGUUCCUCGGAUUGUCUAUUCCCGAGUAUUUCAGGGCAUACACUGCAGCUACUCUUCACGGUCCUGCUCACACCAAGGCCGGAUGGUUUAACGACUUCCUCAACACCAUCUUCUUGUCUUCGCCGACUGUUGCAUUGAUCAUUGCAGUUUUCCUGGACAACACGCUGGAGUACAAGGACAGCGCCAGAGACCGGGGAAUGCCUUGGUGGGCCAAAUUCAGGGCAUUCAAUGGGGAUAGUCGUAACGAGGAGUUUUACACGCUCCCUUUUAAUCUCAACCGCUUCUUCCCCCCUUCAUAGUCUAGACGAAAAUGUAAAAGAGCAUCAUCAUCAUCAUAUUCAUUAUUCGUUUGAGAGAGAUGGAGGAAAAUCAUCAUCCAGCAGGAUUACGAUGAUGACGAUCACAGAAGAGAGAGAUGCAUUGUUAGUUUUGACUCCAUAGUGAAUGAUAUCUUCGCUUUCUUAUCACUCUUUUCUGUUACAUUUUUGGCCAUUCAUCGAUCAAUUCUUCACCAUUCGUCAAUCAUUCGACUCAGCAGCGAAUGAAAUGAUUCCGGCUUGUUUGGUUUUCUGUAUUUGUAAUAUAAUGUGAAGAAGAUUGUAUUUUGUAGCUUUAAUCUUUUCGUCACUGAAGUUUGCAAGCUUGAAAUAGUUAGUGCUGCAAAAUGGCAAUGAACUUCGAUUUUCUGCCACAACGACGACUUAAGAACACAUUGCUUUUAGCAGAAUUUGAGAAAGAUUGAUUCCCAGGUUGUUCAUU